GAGGGGAAUGGAAGAGUCCAGGAGCAAGAAACACUCAGAAGCUGCCCAGAGCUACCACCACUCCAUCUCAUCCCCACCCUUCCUCCUACUAUUCUCCUUCAAACAGCAAAAUCUGUGUGUCUCCUGCCAGCUAAUAAGAAAAAGAGCAUGCACAUCCGAGAAGAGCAAGCUAUGCCAUCAACAGUGACAGGCAUCAUGGUGUCGACCCUGACUUCGGCGGGGCUGAAGCUGAAGGAGCCGGCGACGAUGUCCCCUGGUGGCUCCGCGUCGGUUGCUGCUGGAUUUGGGUCUGCUGCAGAGAGGAACAACGGCAGGGGCAAGGGCAAGACUGAGAUCAAGCGCAUCGAGAACACGACCAACAGGCAGGUGACCUUCUGCAAGCGCCGCAACGGCCUCCUCAAGAAGGCGUACGAGCUCUCCGUGCUCUGCGACGCCGAGGUCGCGCUCAUCGUCUUCUCCAGCCGCGGCCGCCUCUACGAGUACUCCAACAACAGCGUGAAGGCCACCAUUGAGAGGUACAAGAAGGCAAACAGUGACAACUCCAGCGCUGCUGGUACGAUUGCAGAGGUCACGAUUCAGCACUACAAGCAGGAAUCUGCUAGGCUGAGGCAGCAGAUCACUAACUUGCAGAACUCCAACAGCCCCCAAUGUUUCAGGGCCCUGAUAGGUGAUAUCACAACCAUGAGCCCCAAGGACCUCAAACACCUGGAGACUAGGUUAGACAAAGCACUUGGAAAGAUUAGAGCAAGAAAGAACGAAGUGCUGUGUUCUGAACUAGAGUACAUGCAGAGAAGGGAAAUGGAGUUGCAGAAUGACAACUUGUACUUAAGGAGCAGGGUUGAUGAGAAUGAAAGGGCACAACAGACAGUGAACAUGAUGGGGGCGCCAUCGACAAGUGAUUAUCAGCAGCAGGGUUUUAUUCCUUAUGACCCAAUAAGGAGCUUCCUGCAGUUCAACAUCAUGCAGCAGCCUCAGUUUUACUCCCAGCAGGAGGACCGGAAAGACUUCAACCUAGGUGGAAGAUAGAUAAUGAACCUCUGGAGCUUCAGUUAUCCGAUAUGAUGUGCCUCAAGUGAGAAACUGGAGCUACAUUAUUAGUGUGAAAUUAUAUGUAAGAUUAGUACUACUGCUUCAUGUGUGUGCGCACACGCCUACAUAGUAUGCACAAUUUCAUCCAACUAUAUUAAGGCUUGGCACUAUGUGAUAUGUAAUUAAUCUUUAUUUGCAGUCCA